AUGCCGCAACUUGCCCUAUCCGUCACCUUGCUGCUCCAAGCGUAUGCCGUAUCGUCGAGCGUCAUCGACCCCGCCACCUUGGUUGCCAGAGACGAUGGCGCGUUCCAAAUCCCGACGACCUGUCCGACCGACCGCGAGGAGUUUGUACGUCACCGAGACAAGUACAAGGUGGAAGCCCUAAACAAGAUAGUCUACGGUUGCGUGCCGAGCCUCAAACCCUACGUAAAACCCGACGACGGCUCCAAGGAGAAUCAAGUUGUUGCCAGAGGCGACUCCAACAGCAUCGAGGAAGAACCCCCGACGCAGAACCAGCAGUGCAUCGAUGCCGUCAAGGCCUGGGGAUGUGUGCAUGGCCUCGACUGCCGGUUUGAGCAGAAAUGCCUGAAGGGGUUCCAACGAAGUAAAAAGGGGAAGUCGGGGUUUGAAAUAGGCAACUGUGCCGGCCAAACCCAGGAAAUGCACUGCAAGAUUUCGACAAACGAAGCCGCCGCCCAAGAGGUCGAGUUUGACCAGGUCGCUUCGUGGAUCAUCAUGGCCAAGGAAGAGUCGACAUCGGGAAAGAUCUAUAUCGAAUUCGGCAGAGACAACUACGACUUUGUCCUCUUCAACGGCGUAGUGGACAAAGACGUGGCCGGCGUCCCCAUGAACAUCCCGGAAAUGUUUGGCGGCAACACAACGUUUUCGCCUCGGCAGCUGACGGGCCUGGAUGUCAGGUUUAUUUACUCGCAGCUCCUCCAGGGUAGUAUGUAUGGCAGUACAGUCGGACGCAAGGAUACAUUCCAAAUUAAGAGUACCAACCUCAUCUUCGAAGUCACUCCGAUAAUCGACUACAAGAUCGAGGCAUGGAGGAGGCACACCAUCAUCUGGACCGGCAACGUAAAUCACGAAGGCUGGAGUGCAGACACUGGGGAACAAGAAAGUUCGCCAUUUUUCGACUGUCUGAGAACCAAGAAUUCUGAAUGCUGGCAAAAGCAACGCUACGGUUAG